AUUUGGGGCAUGGGUGGGAUUGGCAAGACUGCCCUUGCUGAUGUUGUAUUUCACAGGCUUUCCUCUGAAUUUGAAGCUUCUUGUUUUCUUGCAAAUGUUAGGGAGGAAUUAGAAAAACAUGGACUAAAUCACUUGCGAAAUAAACUUUUUCGUGAGAUAUUAAAGGACAAAGAUCUAAAUAUCGACACUCCGUCUAUUGGAUCAACUUUUACUCGAGAAAGGAUCAGCCGUAAAAAGGCCCUCAUUGUUCUUGAUGAUGCGAAUGGUUCAAGCCAACUAGAAUUUCUUGUUGGUGACCAUGAUCAAUUUUGCCGCGGAAGUCUAAUAAUUAUAACAACUAGAGAUAGGAGCCUACUUGAGGAAAAGGUUGAUGAUGAUAAGAUAUACGAGGUUGAGAGAUUAAGUCCCAAUGAAGCUCUAUUGCUCUUUCAGUCGCUUGCUUUCGAAAAUAAGUCUCCAAAAGUAGAGUUUUCUGAGUUGUCAAGAAAGGUGGUAUAUGAUGUUAAAGGCAUUCCAUUAGCUCUUAAAACUUUGGGUCCCUUAUUCCUUCCACACAAGAGAAUAGAAGACUGGGAAGAAGAAUUGAGCAAAUUGAAAAAAUUCCCUUACGAAGAAAUUCUGAGUGUGUUGAGACAUAGUUACAAUGGAUUAGAAAAGAAUGAGAGGGAGAUAUUUCUCGAUAUAGCAUGUUUUUAUAAAGGGAUGGAUAUGGAUUUUGUGAUAAAAAUGAUACAUCUUCACGGUUUCUAUGCGGUGGGGAUUAAAGUUCUCAUUGCUAAGUCCCUCAUAUCGAUUUCAACAAGUAACUGCCUAGAGAUGCAUGAUAUGCUACAAGAAAUGAGUUGGGCAAUUGUUUCGUGA